AAGCUCCCAUUUCUUAUCCAAUCAAAACAUCCAUAACAUUUUUGUUCAAGGACCACUUCUUCCCUUCCAUUUUACUUUGUUUUAGUUGCCAUAACGUCACCUUCCAAUACAACCCACAAUGAGGCAACAAUAUGUCUUCACUACUCUCACGUUGCUCAUCCUGUUUUCCCUCAGUUGUUCAACAACAUUAGCCCAAGCUCCGGCACUGGCCCCGGCACCUUCUGGUCCGACAAACGUCACCAAGAUCCUCGAAAAAGCCGGUCAAUUCACCCUCUUCAUUCGUCUUCUAAAGUCCACUCAAGUGGCCAACCAGCUGCUCGGUCAGCUCAACAAUUCCAACAAUGGUAUGACCGUUUUUGCACCAACGGACAAUGCUUUCUCCAGCCUUAAAUCGGGCACAUUGAAUUCACUCACCGAUGAACAAAAAGUGCAGCUGGUGCAAUUCCACAUCGUCCCAACAUACCUCACCUCGUCUCAGUUCCAAACCAUUAGCAACCCUUUGAGAACCCAAGCUGGUGAUAGUGGCGACGGCAAGUUCCCUCUCAAUGUCACCACUUCGGGGAACUCUGUGAAUAUAACAACAGGGUUGACAAACACCAGUGUUUCCGGCACUAUUUACACUGAUGGUCAGCUUGCUGUUUAUCAAAUCGAUAAAGUUCUUCAACCAUUGCAAAUAUUUGCACCUAGGCCUCCAGCUCCCGCACCGGCACCGGCAAAGUCGAAGAAUAAGAAGGCUACCACUGUUGCUGAUAGCCCCGAUGUUACCCCAGCUGAUAACUCCAAAGCGGCCACCUUGCAAAAUGUUGGUUUGUUUGGAGUUGCUGCUCUAGUUAUUGCACUUUCUUUGUGACCAUGAAAAUGGAGAAAAGAAGAAGACAGUGAUUUUGAUGGUGGUGAUCAAGAUGGCGAGUGUUUUUUAAUUUUUCAAUAAUUAUCAUUUAAAAAAUUUAUGUUCUGUAUGAAGAUUGAAUUUUGAGUUCGUGUUGUUGAUUUCAUUUAUUUUUGUUUUGAAAUUUUCUUUGUUAUCUCUUACUUCUCAAUUGUAAUUGUGAAUUUUGUGUCA